GUCGAUCCAGCUGUCGGUCAGUGUUGGAGUGUCUCCUCUGAGCUCUGUUACUGCAGCCUCCUCUCUGGAGAACAGAAGCGCAUCGUCAGCAUAUCGACUGAUGACGGAAACAUACGACUUCAACACGCUCAGGCAUGGUGUGGCUGCUCCAGAGUCGCGGCUCUCCCAGGUUGGUGCUGGUGGUGGUCUGCGUUGCUCUGCUGCUCGACAACAUGCUACUGACUGUCGUCGUUCCCAUCAUCCCGACCUUCCUGUACGCCAUGGAGCAUCCGGAACCACAAACCGUCCUGGACGCCACAUCCUCCCGGAUCUCCAGCAGCAGAACCGCUGUCCCGGGUCCAGAGGCGCAGCAGAACCCCCGGCCGCCCCCCCUGGUGUCUUUAUUUAACAAUGUGACCUUUGACCUGCAGGAGAGCCGAGCUGGGGUGGCUGCAGAGCUGCUGCUGGCCAACCAGACCUCCAACACGUCGGACUCCUCCUGUCUUCAGGACAGUGUUUUCCUGGAGGAGGAAAAUGUCCGGGUUGGUUUGUUGUUUGCCUCUAAAGCUUUGGUCCAGCUGCUGGUCAACCCGUUUGUUGGUCCGCUCACCAACAGGAUCGGUUACCACAUCCCGAUGUUCGCAGGAUUCAUCAUCAUGUUUGUUUCCACCAUUAUGUUUGCUUUCUCAGGGACGUACGUGCUGCUGUUCUUGGCCCGCUCGCUGCAGGGAAUCGGCUCGUCCUUCUCGUCUGUGGCCGGUCAGAACCAACAAACACGGACAGAAUGUCUGGGGAUGUUGGCCAGCGUCUACACCGACGAUGAGGAGCGAGGCGUGGCGAUGGGCGUCGCCCUGGGAGGGCUCGCCAUGGGAGUCCUAAUCGGAGCGCCGUUUGGCAGCGUGAUGUAUGACUUUGUGGGGAAGAGCGCCCCCUUCCUGAUCCUGGCCUUCCUGGCUAUGUUUGAUGGAGGUAAGAAGUGGCAGAAGGAAGUGGAGCCCCCUGCUGGUGGGAGAGGUGGUGAUCAGGUGUUUCUGUGUGUUGCAGCGUUGCAGCUGUGCAUCCUGCAACCCUCUAAGAUCUGCCCUGGGAGCGUGGAGGGAACGCCUCUACUGACACUCCUGAAAGACCCGUACAUCCUGAUCAGCGCAGGGUCUCUGUGCUUCGCCAACAUGGGCGUUGCCAUCCUGGAGCCCACGCUGCCCAUCUGGAUGAUGCAGACCAUGUGUUCCCCCAAGUGGCAGCUCGGAAUUGCCUUCCUCCCGGCCAGCGUCUCCUACCUGAUCGGGACCAACCUGUUCGGACUUCUGGCCAACAAGAUGGGACGGUGGCUCUGCUCCAUGGUGGGAAUGUUCGUCGUGGGAGUCAGCCUGCUGUGUGUUCCCUUCGCCACCAGUAUCUACGGUCUGAUUGGUCCAAACGGUGGCCUGGGCUUCGCUAUCGGGAUGGUGGACUCCUCCAUGAUGGCCAUCAUGGCGUACCUGGUGGACAUCCGCCACGCCUCGGUGUACGGCAGCGUGUACGCCAUCGCCGACGUGGCGCUUUGCAUGGGGUUUGCCAUCGGUAACGGCACCAGGAGGACAACAUGGUGGAACGACAGACUUCCUGCAGAACUCACCGUCAUUCCCUCUGCUGUUCCAGGCCCGUCCACCGGGGGCGCUCUGGUCCAGGCGGUGGGCUUCCCUUGUCUCAUGGUGUUCAUCGGGGUGAUCAACAUCCUGUACGCGCCGCUCUGCUUCCUGCUGCGAAACCCAGCUGUUCGUGAAGAGAAGAUGGCGAUCAUCGACCAGGAGUGUGUGAUGCACAGGAAAAGCUACAACACGACCAGAGACAGCCGCGAGUUUCCUCUCAGCGACUGGAGCGAAGAAGAAGAUGAAGAGGAAACGGAGGAGUGAGACACUCGCGUCCCGCCGUGGCGUCUCCCGAAGACACGUCUUCCCACUUCCUGUCCAGAGACAGGCUGGCUCGGGUCCAGCUGGAGGACAUCCUGCAGGGUGUGAAUAAUUUAAAGACGCCUGCGGCUUCAGCCGCAGCUGCUUUUGGUUCCUCAUGUUGUUCUGUGUUUGUGCAAAAAUAACAGGACGCUUCAACAGGCCUCAUGCCUCCUGUCGUCUCUGAGCCGAACGCGUCUCGGGGUUCAGUCUUCACCACAGAAAGUCCUCUCUGUCUCUGUCCAGCACAGGGACGUCAGGCACCGCAGCAGGGUGACGCUAGAGGAGCAGAUCACAGAUUCACAGAGAAGUAAAAAUUUAAAAACAAAAUUAGAGAUGAACAGUUUCAUUUAUACUAGAAAUAGUAAAAACGGGAAAGGACCAAUUCAGGAUUCAGGAUUGAUCUAUCAGGCUGCAACCUGCUGCAGCUGAACCGGUUCGGUCCGGUUCGUGUUAAAGCUCUCACCGAACUCGGGGUGACCCGAUGAACACCCUGACAUAUAGAAUCCAGUUUCAGGCACCAGAAAAAGUUUCUACUGAGGACAAAAGUGAUUCAUACUUUGGUUUUUAAAACAAAAUAUUAUUAUUAUUAUUAUUAUUAUUAUUUUUGUAAUAAUAGAAACAUUUUAGUGAUGCUUUCAUUCAGGUUCAAAGGUCGGCAUGCUGUGAUUGGACAGGUCAACUGUCCCUUCAGGACACCUGUGUGUGUGUGUGUGUGUGUAUAUGUGUGUGUGUGUGUGUGUGUGUCAGCAGCUUCAGAGGCUUCCUGCUCCUUUCAACCACCAUCAGCGGCUCCAUCAAGGCGGCGGCUGCUUUGGUCGCAGGAACUGCUGCAGGCUGCAGAUCUGAUGCUGAUUCAUCAUUAAUCAGAGGAUCCAGAUCAUUUAAUCUGGUGCUACUGCACACACACACAUAUGCACACACACACACACACACACACACACACACACAGGUUCCUGCAACACUCGCUGCCGUUGAGCCAUUAAAAGAAAUGAAAUGAAGAGAUACUUUGUUGAUCCCAAAGGAAAUGAAACGUUGCUGUAACUCAUAUUGUUUAUUGCAGAUGGUGAAGGUCCGAUUUGCUGCAGAACCGAGUUUAUACUGAUAAAAAC